AUGCCAUUUGCUGGGUGGUCGAUUGAGCGGGGAAACAAUGGAAAGGUUGUGACUCCAAGAUUUGGCAAUGUACUGAGGGUACACAAAGAUUUAAUCAAUGAUUGUUCGAUAGUCCAUGAGCAUCUUGACGCCACUGCUUCUUUAGAAUUCGGUUCUACAGAUUUAAAGGCGAAUGACUUGCUUAACUUCACGCCAGCACCUAAGACGACGGAUGAUAGAAUGUAUUUUUGCACCAAGACCUACGGACUAGUUGAUGAUCUGGUCGCGACGUUGGUUGAAGCUCAGCUCAGGAUGCAAGCUGAUGUUGCUAUCCAGCUAGCCUAA